GUAGCCCUGAGUGUUUAUUGACUGUUUAAAUAAGGCAUAAAUGUUGUACCCCCCUUUCAAACUUUUAAACUGAGUUCUGAAAAUUUUGAAAACUACUGUGAUACUGAUAAUACUGUGCAAUGUAUUUCUCGGAGUGGUAUUAUUGUCAAACCCAGCUUCGCCAGCAGAGGGCACCCUAAGCGUUACACUAGUCUGGAGAAUUGGUCGCUGACGCUAGUAUAGAAAAGAGCGGUCAGUAUGUCAUGAGAGCGUACGAGUGUGCACGCUACAGAGUGCUCCCGAAGCUAACCUGCGUUCUUCAUAUUUCUUUCAGGGGUGAUGUUGAAGCGUGGAGGACGCAGACAGAAUGGCGACCCCUCAGACAUCCAGACAGAGCAGCUACUCCUCAAUCUCUACAAAGAUCAGGAUACAUGUCAUAGAGGUGGACUCUGUCCAGCGCUGGACGGAGGACUUAAGGCACAUGACGGAGGUGGAGUGCAUGUGUGUUCUGCAGUCCAAACCCAUCGGCGUGGAUGAAGACGCGGCGGGUGAGCUCAUCGUAUCGGGGGCGGGCGCUGCGAGCGAUCACGUGACCCGUGAUAACCUGCAGACGCUGCUGAAGAGGGCGCUGGUGGUCAGCACUGAGCUGGGGAAGAUGUUUCAGCGGCUGGAGAGAGGCCGCUGGCAGAGAGUUCACAGUACGGCCAUCAGGGUCAACUGUCACGUGCGCUCUCUGAUUCAAGAGUACAGCACGGCCAGAAACGCCCCGCCGGAGAUGCAGAAGUAUGAGAAAUCUCUGCUGGAAAAGUGCAUGGAGCUCAACAUCAUUACUGAGAGAUGUCUUCAUACUGAAGACGAAUACUUCCUCAGAUCCAUGAAAGAGGCCAUUCACGAGAUCCUGACUGAUCUCAGCGAUUCUUUUAGCCAUAUGAUUGAUAUGGCACUGGCCAAUGAAAUCCAGAUUCUCAUCGGACAGAUUGAGGAGUCUGAUAAUGUUCUCUCCAUCAGCGCUGCUAUCAGUAAUCUGCUGUCUUUAACUCAGGAUGGACCACAGCUCUGCAGCAUCAUCGCAAAGGAGGGGGCAGUGGUGGCUCUGCUGAAGAUCUGCAGACAGGACUGUUUCUCAUCUCUUUACGCUGAUGCUUUGAGAACCGUGGCAUCCAUCUGCUGUGUGGAAGAGGGCAUCACACAGCUGGAGAAGGUGGAUGGGAUCCUGUGUCUGGCAGAUAUCUUAACGGACGCUUCAUGUGCAGAGACCACACGAGCUGAAGCAGCCGCUGUGAUGGCACAGAUCACGUCUCCACAUCACACAUCUACACAACAUCUCGCCAGCUUUCUGGAGAGCAUGCAGGACAUCGUCACGGCUCUCAUCAAUCUGUGUGAGACUGCCUCCUGUGGUGAAGUGUUUCUGUUGGCCUCGGCAGCUCUGGCAAACAUCACAUUCUUUGACAGUAUGGCCUGUGAAAUCCUCCUGCAGCUCAACGCCGUUCGCAUCCUCGUCCAGGCCUGUAGAGACCGCCAGAGAGUAGACACACCGUACUCCAAAGACCAGGUUGUGACGAUCCUUGCCAAUCUGUCGGUCUUGGAGCAGUGCAGCGCCGAGGUGCUUCAGGAGAAGGGAAUUGAGCAGCUGCUGCUGUUGUUAAACGAAAAGCCGUCGUCCUCCAGUCCGUCUGAGAGCGCUGCAUGUGAACGGGUUCAACAGAAAGCUGCCGUCACGCUGGCUCGACUCAGCAGAGAUUCACACGUCGCUCAGACUGCCAUACAGCUUAUGGCUGUUCCUCAUCUCAUUGAGUUGUGCCGGUCACCAGCAGAAAGGAACAACAGCGACUCUGUGCUCGUGGCCAGUCUGGCCGCUCUGAGGAGACUGGCGGUUGAAUGUCCAGACAGUAUAACACCUGCUGACCAUCAACAGCUCAUCAAACCCAGACUGGUGGAUUCCUUUCUCUUGUGCUCUAACAUGGAGGAAAGUUUUGUCUAAGGCACUGUCCACACGAACACGGGUAUUUUCAAAACCGGAGCUUUAUCCAUGCGGUUUGGCCAUUCGUCCACACGCAAACGCAGUACUCGAUCACUGAAACCGAACUUUUUCGAAAACUCCUGCCAGGCUGAAGAUUUUUAGAAACUCUGCUUUCAGUGUUAAUGUGUAGAUGGUGAAACCGGAGAUUUGGCGUAUGACGUUGCAAUGUGUGCUGCUAUCUCCUUUGUUUGACGUCAGAUUCCAGGCUUCUGAUUGGCCAACACGGCUUUAUGGUUAGGGUUAUAUCGCCACCUGUUGGUUUGGCAUGCUUUUGACAGCGCUUUAUAGCCUGUUUUUGCGUUUCCGUUUGGACGCGUUUUUUUUAAACAAAGAAGGAAAAACUCUGGUUAUUAAAAUACCUGUGUAUGUGGACUAGGCUUAAGCAAUCUGUCUUUAGCCAAAGAAAUGAAGAAUUUCCAGUGUAUUGUAUGUGUGACAUGUUUUUAUACAAACAGAACAUGAAUCAUGCAUGAUUGGGAUGUACACAGAUGACAUGUAUUGAUUCUGAAUUAUUUAAUACUUUUGUUAAAUGAACACAGGCAUGAAUAAAGAAUAAAGACAAAAUGGUUAU